GGAAGGAGGAAGAGGAGUAAGGAAGGAGAGGUCCUCUGGGAAAAGCAAAGUGGCUCUGGGGAGAAGAGGGGCUGCAGGCAUCCAAUGCCAAGAACUACGGAGCUGAGCACGUACAGCCAAGCAGAGCAGCUUUUGUGGGCUCUUCCUGCCUCUCAAGAUGAUGAAAAGACAGUUUAAUCGGAUGCGCCAGCAGCUGUCCCAUCCCAACACCACCAUUAGAGCCCAAGAAGCAACUGAGCUCCUGUCUGAAGAUUUGCUGCAGAUUGAGCAGAGGGUUGAGCCAGCCAAGCGAGCAGCUCACAGUGUGUCCAAGAGGCUCCAAGCCUGCCUGCAGGGACAAUGUGGCUCCGAGAUGGACAAGCGAGUGAAGAAGCUGCCUUUGAUGGCUCUGUCCAUGGCGAUGGCUGAGAGCUUCAAAGAACUGGACACAGAGUCCAGCCUUGGGAAAGCCCUGGAGAUGAGUUGCUGCAUACAGAGCUCACUGGCCAAAAUUGUGGCUGAGUUUGAGAUUGCCCUGGAGCACUACGUCCUGCAGCCACUCAACAAGCUCAGUGAGGAGGAGCUCCCCAUUAUCCUGAAGCGCAAGAAGACCCUCCAGAAGUUGAUUUCUGACUGGAACACAAUCAAGAGCCGGCUGAACCAAGCUGCCAAGAGUUCCAGUAACAGCACUGGAGCUGGUGUUGGCCCAGGGGCAUCUUCUGCUGCCAACAAACUGGAGGUCUUGAAGGAAGAAGAGGAGGAGGUGAAGAGGAAGGUGGAGCAGUGCAAGGAUGAGUACAUGGCUGACCUCUAUCACUUCUCCACCAAAGAGGACAUCUACGCCAGCUACAUCAUCAAACUACUGGAAAUCCAAGCCCAGUACCACCGGCAGUCACUGGAAUCUCUGGAUUCAGCUCUAGCAGAGCUGAGGGAAAGCCACAGACAGACAGAGCCUUCCUUCACGACAGACUCCCCAGUGGCAGGGUACUAUGGUGUGUCCCUAGAGACACACCUCAAGAGCUUGGGCCGGGAGAUUGCACUUCCCAUCGAAGCCUGUGUCAUGAUGCUGUUGGCUUCCGGCAUGAAGGAGGAGGGACUCUUCCGGCUGGCAGCAGGCGCCUCAGUGCUGAGGAAGCUGAAGACCAGCUUGGCCAGCGGCUCCAAUGCCCUGGAGGAGUUUUACUCAGACCCCCACGCUGUGGCUGGUGCACUGAAAUCCUACCUGCGGGAGCUACCCCAGCCUUUGAUGACCUUCGAACUCUAUGAUGAAUGGGUCAAAGCAGCCAGCUUGAAGGACAUUGAUAGCCGUGUCCAGAGCCUGCGAGACACCUGCAGCCGCCUGCCCCAGGACAGCUACAACAAUCUGAGGUAUCUGAUCAAGUUUUUAGCCAAGCUGGCUGAACACCAGGAGGUGAAUAAAAUGACCCCCAGCAACAUUGCCAUUGUGCUGGGCCCAAACCUGCUGUGGUCGCAGCAGAGCACAGGAGACCCCAUGCAACUGGACUUGGCCUCAGUCUCCUCCAUCCAGGCUGUGGUGGAAGCCCUCAUCCAGAACGUGGACACUCUCUUCCCUGGAGAGGUAGAUUUCAAUGUCUCGGGCAUGUUUAUGCUGCCCACAAACACCAGACUUUGCAAGGCUGCCCCAGUGGAAGAGCCAACUCCUGCAGCCCCUCCAGCCAGCACCCCCACCUUUCUGGAUGGAGAGGCCACCUCCAGGGACCCCGAGGUCAGGUCCCAACUGGCAUCCCCAGCACAGCCCAGGCCAUCUCCUGAAGCUGCAGGGCCACCAGCUCCGACGAUGACUGACACCACCACCCGCAAAGGCAAACGCCCAGCUCCAGCCCGACCUACAAUGCCACCACCGCCUGUGACACAGCCCCGGAGCACAGCUCCUGCCCAGGCAGCCAGCCCCAAAGCCCUGCCACGACGCAUGGUGCUCAGCCGAGCCCCCUCCGUCCCGCCGCCACUCCCUCCGCAGCCAGCACCCCGCCACAGCCGAGAUGCCCCGCUAUCCCCCAAGCCUUGCACCGGUGAGGCUGACACGGCGGCUGCCAUGGACUGUGUGCCAGGAACCACAGAGGAGGGGCAGCCGCUGCCUGCAGGAGGAAGCCCCCUGGCCACAUCAGCCCCAGAAGGACAGCACAAAGAAAACUGAACAGGGUGAGGGGCGUGGAGGAAUCACAGGUCAGGGAGAUGGGAUCUGGUAUCUCUCUGGGACCCAGCAGGUGCUGUGAAAAUGCCAGGGUGGCCGGAGGGACAGCAUCUCUUGAUCCUCCACCUUGUUCCCUUGGCUCACACCACCUGGCAUGCUUUGCCUGCCUUCUCUCACUCUCCUAUCUCAGUCUCCACCUCCCCACACCACCAUGUCCUUGCCAUAGCCCAGCCACCAUCAAAGGGCCAGAUCCCUGCCCAGA